AUGGUUGCAGUUGCUAUACUGUGGAGGUUUCAGAUGAAGGUGGUUGAUGAUCAUCCUAUAACACCAAGACUCUCUAUGGUGCUUACCAUCGAACAAGGCUUGAAGGUUAAGGGCUCACUGGCAGCUGUUGGUCCUCAUUCCCGAACAAUGUACAGUUCAGAUCCCACGAACGUGCACCACAUCACCACCAAGAACUUUAGCAACUAUGGGAAAGGGUCCAAUUUCAGUGAAAUUUUUGACUUUUUUGGAGGAGGGAUUAUUAGUUCUGAUAAUCUCAUUGCAUGGAAACAAGAAAGGUCAGUACUUCAUUCACUGGUUCAAAGGAAAACCCUUAAGAUCUUCCUUCGAAAAGCCAUUCAGAAGAAGCUAGAGAAUAACCUAAUUCCAUUUCUUGAUGAUACAUCCGAUGUUGGAGCUGAGGUAGACUUACAAUUUGCCCUUCGGAGGUUCACAUUUGACAUUGCCUGCUCUUAUUUUCUUGGUUAUGAUCCUCACUCUCUUCCAAACAAGAAUACUAAGCUUUCGCAACCUACUUAUGAGAGAGCUUUAGUUGUGAUCGAGGAGUCANUAUUUCACAGGCACAUCACACCGAGAUGUCUGUGGAAGUUGCAGGAGUGGCUCCAGAUUGGUCAAGAGAAGAAGUUCAAGGAGGCCCGAGAAUUUUUUGAUAAAUUCUUGUAUGAAUGCGUUGCAGCCAAGCGUGAAGAGAAAAAUAGAUGCAAUAGCACUAAAGAAGUCGAUGACAAUGAUCAUGACUUGCUGGGAGUGCUAAUGGAAGAAGGAGCUCAAAAGGGGAGAAUAAUGGAUGACAAGUAUCUUAGAGACACUGCAUUUACCUUUGUCUCUGCUGGAAGUGGCACAAUCAGUUCAAGUCUCAGUUGGUUCUUUUGGCUGGUUUCAACUCAUCCACAUGUGGAAGCUAAAAUUCUUGAAGAGAUCAAAGGAAAUUGCAUAAACCAAGAUGGAACUUGGAUUGCUUCUGGUGUUGAAGAGUUUGGUAACUUAGUUUAUCUCCAUGGAGCUAUAUGUGAAGCAUUGAGGCUUUUUCCUACUGUGCCCUAUGAUCACAAGUGUGCAAUCAAAUCUGAUANACUUCCUAGUGGACACCAUGUUAGUCCAAAUACCAUGAUAUUAUACUCUUUGUAUGCAAUGGGAAGAAUGGAACAAAUAUGGGGACAUGAUUGCAUGGAGUUUAAGCCUGAGAGAUGGAUUUCAGAGAGUGGAGAGAUUAUACAAAUUCCACCUCACAAGUUCAUAGCUUUCAAUGCAGGCCCUAGAAAUUGUUUGGGUAAAGACAUUGCUUUCACUGAAAUGAAGAUGAUUGCAGUUGCUAUACUGUGGAGGUUUCAGAUGAAGGUGGUUGAUGGUCAUCCUAUAACACCAAGACUCUCUAUUGUGCUUUCCAUUGAACAAGGCUUGAAGGUUAAGGUUACUAAGAGAUGCACUUGA